AUGGCGUUACUGCUUUCGCGCCGAUGGGCACAAGUUUCCACGCGCCACAUCCUCCGCCGGCCGCUGCCUGGGGAGCAGCAAGCGGGCAUGUGGGGCACGGCGUAUCGUGUGGUGCGGCGCACGUUCCUCGUCCGCUUCCAAGAGACACCAAACGAGGCGUGCUACAAGUUCUUCGUCGACGACGUGGUUUUUCUGCCGGCUGACCGCGCCGGCACGCUAAGCUUUGACCUCGAGAACUGCUAUCAGUCGCCGCUGGCGGAACAUAUCCUGCAGAGUUUGCCAAUGGUAGAGGAGGUGACGGUUGGGCCGCAGUUUGUGACCGUGCGGCGUGUGGACGACGCCGACGCGGAAGCGGCGGCGCGUUACUUCGCGCGCAAAAUGGGCAUCCGCGCCGAGCCCCCGAAGGAGGCGGCACGCCGUUCGGCGGCACUGCAGCAGCGGGUGAUGGACGCCAUGCUGGAGGGGAGUACUGAUGCGGCCCCGCCAUCGUCGUCAUUGGCGCCGUUGGGCGAUCACGGAGAGGCUGGUGUGCGGGGGCGGAGCGACGGCGCAGCCGGUGGUAACGAGGGUUGCGACAAGCCACGAGAAGAGAGCCUGCCGGGGAAGGAGGCAGCGGAGGAAGUGGGUCCCGGGGAGCACGUGAAUGAGGCGAUGCUGCGUGAUCUUCUCCGUCUCUCUCACUGGAGCGAACUGAAGCUGCACGUGAGUGCCCUCCUCACGGACCACCUGUUCAGCGGGCGGCCCCACGUGGAUCCCGCUGCGCCUCACCCCCACCCGGACACACUGCCGCGGGAGGGGGAUUCUGAACUGGUUCUCAUGCUGAAGGAGCUUAUUUCAACGACCAUCCGGCCCCAGCUGCAGCUUGACGGCGGAGACAUUCGGUUUGUUAGGUUAGAUGGUGCCGUCAUGUAUGUAGAGAUGCUGGGGGCGUGUCGCAAGUGCAAGAGCAGUAAGACAACACUUCGGGACCUGAUUGAGCGCACCACGCGGCAUUGGGUGCCCGAGGUGAGUGAGGUGCGUGAGGUGGAACAACGCAGGCCGCCCCACCAGCGUUCCGCCCGGCUGUGA